GACAUGCUGGCUGUGUUCCUAUGGGAGAGCGCAGUGUUCUAGGUAGUGUGUGCUAACCUUUUUUCCAUGGCCUAUGAAGUGUACGUAAGUAGGGCGCAUGGGGUUAUUUGGGAUAGCGCUAGCAGGGUUUAUUAAAUCAGUGGACUCAAAGCCAGAGGCGGCAACUUUUAAUGUGUCGUGACAAGCAAGAAUACAGAUUAAUAGCAACGAGCUAACAGCUAAUGCUAGCGAAAGGCAUUAGGAACGACUUUGACAGAUGUCAGCGGGUUAUAAAACGAUGCCGAUAUGUUUGGCUGACGCUCUCUACAAAGGCCAGCUCGUCUUCGUCUCAGACUUCACACUAACAAACACAAAUCAAAAUGUUUGACGACUUCUUCCAUCAAAUUGAAACAGAACUCGGGCCACUAAACUCGGACUGGUUUGAGGAGUUGACUGUGAGAGCUUCUGAAGAUGGAUGUGAAAACUCCACUGUUGUUGAACAUGACACCACAGCACACAAGGACGAAGUCAUUUUCAGAGCUCCAGCUAAGACGCCAGUCUUGGACAGUCAGAUGUGUUCAACACCCAGAAUAUUUAGGCGUAGACGGCCACAUUCUCCUGCGUUAGGUAUUGAAGAUUCUCCCGAGUCAGGAAUGCAGAACUUGUUUCUUGUUCCACCCGGCGCAGAAUCAAGCCCAUGCCUGUUUGGCUUUGCUAAAGACAGCCAGCAGUUUGAAAAAGACUGGGGAUCUCUAAAGACAAGUGCAUGCUUAGACCUACUUGACACACCAACGGAUUUAACACCACAAUCCACAUCUGCACAGCGCAUCUGUGAGAGCCUUGGAGCUCAGUUAAAUCCUGAUCUAUCUUGGAGCAGUUCCUUUAACACACCAUCAGCAUUGACCCCCACGGUUAUUUUGUCCAAAACAGAAGGCCAGUCUCCACCAGUAAGUUUUCUCAGAGACAAAGAAGUCAUUAUUGUACGAAAGCUGUUUCCAUCACUCUCAAAAGGCACAGAAGCAACAUCCACAAGUAUAUCCAGUGUGCAACAUAAUGACACGCUAACAGAUGGGAAUGUCCAGGCAGAAGAACAAAAAUCAGAUUCGUCCUCUGACAAUAUAGGAGGCGUUUGGAGGCAGACGGUACCGGAUGCGAUAAAGGACGGUGAUGUGCGGACCACAGUGGAGAGUGUUCUUAAUGAUGCUGAGGACGUGCUCUCCUUCUUAUUCACGAACAGUGGCUCAGCCUUGCGAAGGGUUAAAACCAAGGAAAGAAAAAAGAGAGUGAACGGUGUUUCUAAGGAAGUAAAGUCAAAUCAUGUGACAGUAGAUCACACUACAGACUGUACAUCAGCAUCAAAGACAGAUACCAGCACUGCUAUCGCAAGUUUAAAGUCUCCUUUAUUUUCAAGUCAGCUUAAUAAUAAGGAUUUCACACAGUGGACUCCUCUGAGUUUAUCUGACGUCCAAGACUCCAAGACAAACCAAGUGUGUAUCUCCGAAAUAUCAAGUAAACACACUAGUCCUCAUGUAGACUCCUCAGUCAAAAGUGAUAUUGUUAAAAAUAUCACACAGCUUGGACAGUCUUCUUCAUGCACGUCCGAGCAACAGAGGUUCUCUCCUGAUUCGUGUCAUGAGAAGUCUCAGGAAAGAAGUUCUUUAUUGGAGGCAUCUCCAGCACUUACCUUCUCAAGAAAACCCAGGAAGUUUGUGUAUCCGGUGCAAAAUUCAGAAAGUACAAGACAGCACAAUGUCACUGAUGCUGUGAACCACUACCAGGAAUCUCCUCCGUGUCAUAAAGAGGAUACACACACAGACACUAGAGAUCAUUUCGUCCAGCCAGCAGAAACUACUGUUAAGCAGGAUCAUUCUGCAAGUCUUAACAUAGACCAUGAUCUAGAUAUGACUCAGCUUUGCAAAGCGUUCGCAGAAGAUUUCACUCAGGAAGUGAACUUGUUAAAAUCGUCACACAAGAGUGCACAGAGCAGCCAUGAUCGUGUCUUAAUGCCAACUUGCACAGCGAAAGAAAUAAGUGAAGUGCAGACUAAAACAGAAUCUGUGAUGCAGUGUGAUGGUGACAUCAACCAUCAGGCAGCAAAAAUCAUCGAUUUAACAAAUAUACAGUCUCUUGAGAGCACAAUCUGUGACAGUGGCUAUCCUACAGUUUGUUCUGGUUUUAGCCUGGAAACUCCAUCCUGUAGUGGCAAUGAACAUCUUCAUUCUGGUUUUAAAACAGCAAAUAAUAAGAUUAUUGUAAUACUUCCUGAAGCCUUAAUGAAAGCCAAAGCAGCAUUAGACCAAUCCUUAGAGCAAUCCAAUCCUUUGACUCACACAGGCACUUCAAGUGUAACUGAACCAACGAAAGUGGGUACGAACCAGUACAACUCUUACAAACCUGUUACAGCAAACACUGCUGGAGAGAAAUUGGCUUCAGAAAGCUAUCACCAUGGACAUAAAUCUGGAAGAGAAACUUCUGAUGAAAGUGUUUUAAUAUCUGAGACAGCUGCAGAGAAUAUUCCUAGCACAUUCAUGUGCCAAACAAAUGAAUCUGGCUUCAAAACAGCAUCUAACAAAAGUAUUACAAUCUCAUCUGUGAAUCUCGAGAAAGCUAAAGACAUUUUCAUGGAGUUGGAUGAAGAGAAGUUUGAUUCAUGUCUGUCAAAUAACGAGUUGCAGGUCUGCAAUGUAAAAGAUGCCAAGCCAUCUAAUUUUGACUUGAAAAACAGUCGGAAACCUUCACAACAUUCCACUGGUAAUGAUGAUGGAAUUUCGUCUUUGACAGCUUCGCAAAGGGCGGAUGUGACAGAGCUGUGCAGUAUGUUAGAAGAAGCAGGCAGCCAGUAUGAGUUUACGCAGUUUUAUCACACAAAGAUUGGCUCAAAAUGUCCAGAUAGCAUGCAGUCUGAGAGAGAGUGGGAUCCUGAGAUACUUGCUGGUAUUGACUUUGAUGAUAGUUUUAACUGUGAUUUAUCUGAAAGGCAGGUGUCGAAAAAACAUCAGUCCAAGGCAGAUGUGCAUGCUUCAGUCCCAAACAGUCUGACGAAUGGAGAUGUUGGUAUUCAAAGUAUAAAUAUUAGGAAGUCAUGCCAUAUACCAUGGGAAAUGCCAAAUAUGGCUAACGACAGUCUGAAAGAAAAGUCUUUUUGUUCUGGCUUUAAAACUGCAAAGGGAAAUGCUGUGACCAUCUCUGAGAAAUGUCUGAGCAAGGCAAGAAGCAUUUUUGCAGAUAUAGAGGACACCGAAGGAAACUUUGGUCUCGAGAGUGGUUGCAAAGCAGAUAUUGUUAAACAAAAGGCAAAACAGUCAGACGACCACCAGGACAAGUCUUGCAGGAUUGCCAUGGAGUCUGAGCUUGACCUAAAGCUAAUAACGAAUGCAAGCUCAAUAACAAAAGAAGCUGAAAUGUGCAAACAAACGUGUAGCAAAGCAAAUCUGGAAACACUCCAAGGACCUAUAGAUCAGAAACCAGAUUUAAUUCAGAGCAACACGGUCAAUUUUGGAUUUAGUACUGCUGGAGGGAAAGAAGUAAAGAUCUCAGAAAAAGCUCUUCAGAAUGCAAAGAAACUUCUAAAUGAAGUUGCAAAUGACAAAGAAACCAAGCAUGACAAUUCCCCUGCAAAAACAAAAGCCACUUCUUGGACUUCAAUACAUAAUUCUUCUGAUGUGUUGGCAGUACUUCAUGAUUCAAAGAUGUCUGAUGGAGCUUUACCAGAAGUUGGGAAAGAACACCAUUUUGGAAACAGCCCUGACAAAAAACAGGCAGUGUGUCCGAGUCCUCGAUCCAUGGAGAGUAACGGGUUUAAAAUGGCCAGCGGCAAAGGAGUGUCUGUCUCAGCAAGUGCGAUUCAGAAAUCAAAAACCAUUUUCAAAGAUAUUGAUGACAGCGUGAGAAGCUCAGAUGAAACAAAAUCAACGGAAAAGAAUGCAAAACUGGAUCUUGAAGGAAAUACAGGCCAGCACGCAUUUGUCAACGGAUUCAAGAUGGCAAGUGGUAAAGGAGUGAGCUUUUCUGAAAAAGCAUUUAUGAAAGCCAAGAUGUUUUUUAAAAAUUGUGAUCCUGAUUGUGUGGAUAUUUCUCAAGCAAAAGGAGACGACACAAGUGUGAUGGAUGAUUGUGGCUUUGAGGCAGUUGCGGGAAACAUCGUGCAUUUGCCUGGAAUGGACAGUCUGAACAAAGAGACUUUAAAGAAAGACUCCACAGAUUUGAAUAAAUAUGUCCAAAGGAAAUUCACUAAAACCUCCGCUGAGACCCUUCAACCACCAUCUGGCUGUGGUUUCAGUACAGCAAGUGGUGCUGUGGUGUCUGUUUCAACUGAAGCACUUCAGAGGGCUAAAGCUAUGUUAGAUGAUUCAAAUGCUGCUUCACCUGGUCAAAGGAGAUUGGAAAUAACAGAAGAGAAGUGUAUUUCCAAAAACGAGACUCUUAUUUCAGGAAAAAGCUGCAGCUUUAGUACUGCAAGUGGAAGGAACGUUGCCAUUUCUGAGAAGGCCCUCCAGAAAGCCAAGAGUCUUUUUACUGACUGUGAUGUGGAUGGAUUAGAACCUGAUCCCAGUAAUUUGUCAGCUGUAAAGACAUCAGCAACAGGUCCUAAGCAUAUAAGAUUGCCUUUCAAUGCAGCCAGUAACAAAAAUAUUGCUGUGUCAGAAAAGGAGCUGAACAAGGGUAAAGAUGAGUUUGUCAGUUGUGAUGAUGUUUCAGUUGACACACACAACACUGAGAGCCACUUAAACAUGCAAACAAGACAACAUGAAAACUAUAGUAGUGAAGCUUUAAGUACUAAGACUGAAAGCAUUCCAGCUAGUGCUGGAAAAUCUGAAGGAACAUAUGAGAACAUGAUGAGUGGAGGCCCAAAGGCUGAUCACUUGGGAUCAGGUCAUUUUGGCUUUAGUACAGCCAGUGGAAAAGGUGUUUGUGUGUCGAAAUCAGCCCUCGAGGUAGCUUAUGAGAUGUUCAGAGAUUGUGAUGCACAACCAGUUACUAAUGGACAGCAUAAAAUUACCAGUGGAGCACCAUCUACAAAUAUUAACAAGACACCAGUUGUGCCAAAGACCAAAGCCACUAGUCCAUCUCUCCCAUCCCAGGAUAAUCCUUCCCUGCUGAGCCACCGUUCUUUAAAUCUUGAUGGAUGCACAGUAACCCAGCAAAAAUAUUUUGAGCAAGAAGCAAUAGCUUGCACUAAAGCACUUUUAGAGGAUGAUCUCAGUGAGAACGGUUUGUUGAGUAGCUUGGACACUGGCAUUAGGCAAAGUCCUAGUCUAUGUCAGGAGAGAUGCUUAGAGGUGAACACAGGAAUACGAAAACGGACUUCAGAUGACAAGAGUUUGACAGGUCAACCCCCUUUGAAAAGAAGACUUGUGUCAGAGUUUGUCCAGAUCUCAGAAGACAGAACAGUCUGUACUCCAGUGAAAAGCAGCCCCAAUGGGACUCUGAGAGACAGAAGAAUCUUCAAAUACAACUUGAAGCCCAAUAUCACUUAUCCAUCCAGGAAUGUUGUGGACCAAACAUCAGCCAACCCAGUUCACCAAAUAAGGAGACCAUCAGACCCCAAAGCUCCAGUGUUUAUACCCCCAUUUCAAAAAAAUCUUAAGGCUGAGAUGCCAAAAAACUGUGUUCCCACAGCUGUGGCCCAAGUUCCUAGUGUGUUUGUUCCACCCAUUACAAAGAAAAAUGCCUCAGGUAGUGUUUAUGUGAAGGAUUCACCACAAAUUUCUGGCGAUUCCCCCGCCAUCAAAAGCUCUAGUUGUGAAAACAGCAGGAAUCACUCAGCCAGGAAACCAGAGGACCAGAAAGCAGAGACACAAACCAAUAGAGAGGAGAAGUUGGAGAAUCACACUACUGUCCCUUGUGAAAAGAAAGUCAUUUGGCAGCAGUCCUUGGAGUUAGCACAAGAUAUGCAGAACAUGAGAAUCAGAAAAAAGAAGCGUCAGAGAGUUCGACCUCUGCCUGGCACGUUUUACUUGGCUAAGACGUCCGGGGUGACCAGAGUUUCUCUGAAAGAGGCUGUAGGAUACAAGUGUCCUGAGCUACACACAGAAGAGCAGCUCUAUCAGCAUGGUGUAUCCUUCAAAGUGUCCCAGAUAACUAGCGAGAAUGCCGAGGCUUUCCGGUUCAGCUGCGACGAGUUUUUCAAACAUGACAUUCUCAGAGAGACUGGAGGGGUUCAGCUGGCUGAUGGUGGGUGGCUGAUUCCAGAUAACAGGGGAAUGCUGGGUAAAGAGGAGUUCUACAGAGCCUUGUGUGAUACUCCUGGUGUUGACCCCAAACUGAUAAGUGAAGCAUGGGUGUAUAACCACUAUCGGUGGGUUGUGUGGAAACGAGCCUCCAUGGAAAGAGCCUUCCCAGAAGUGAUGGGUGGGCGUUGUCUCACUCCAGAGCAGGUGCUCCUACAGCUCAAGCUCAGGUAUGAUGUUGAGGUGGACCACAGUCGAAGAUCAGCCCUGAAGAAGAUUAUGGAGAGAGACGACACACCAGCCAAGACCAUAGUGCUCUGCGUGUGUGGAAUUGCCAAAUGUGAUCACAGUCCAGUCGGGUCAGAGGAGGCCAUAGACACCACAGAUAAGAAGCCCGAGAUGCCCGCUGCAGUCAUAUGGCUUACUGAUGGCUGGUAUUCGAUUAAAGCACUGCUGGACUUUCCUCUGUCUACCUUGCUGCGAAAGGGCCGUCUCAGAGUGGGUGUGAAACUUCUGAUCCACGGCGCAGAGUUGAUUGGCUCUCAGGAUGCCUGUCCUCCUCUAGAGGCUCCUGAUUCGCUCAUGCUCAAGAUUUCAGCCAACAGUACAAGACGAGCUCGCUGGGACACCAAGCUUGGCUUCCAUAAAGACCCUCGACCCUUUUCACUGUUACUUUCAUCACUGUAUGCUAAUGGAGGAGUGGUGAGUUGUGUGGACAUCAUCGUGUUGCGGAGUUACCCAACACAGUGGAUGGAGAAAAAGCCAGGUUCAGUCUUUGUGUUUCGCAACGAGCGAGCUGAAGAAAGAGAGGCAGCACGCUACAACAGCACCAAACAAAAGACCAUGGAGCUCCUGUUCUCUAAAAUACAAGCCCAGAUUGAGAAAGAGGAAGAAGAAAAGAAGAAAACCAGUAGAAGCCGCACAUUCAGUCUCCAUGAGAUAAAAAAUCUGCAGGAUGGGGAGGAGCUUCAUGAAGCAAUGGAAAGUGAUCCAGCUGUUGUGGAGGCCCAUCUAAGCACACAGCAGGUGAAAGCUCUGAGUAGCUACAGACGAGCUUUAACCGAAAGGACGAGAGCAGAGCUACAGGACCGGAUGCACAAGGCUGUACAGGAGGCUGAAGGGGGCUGCGCUAACCGAGAUGUUACUCCUGUCUGGAAACUCUCCAUCGCUGACUCUAAUGAUUUGCACAGCAGCCGUGUAUACACACUGAAUAUCUGGCGGCCCUCUGUGGAGUUGCGCUCCUUACUGAGAGAGGGCUGCAGAUACAAGGCUUAUCAUCUUGCCACAUCAGAGACCAAGAAACGCUCUAGCACUUCCAACAUCCAGUUUACAGCCACCAAGAAAACACAGUUUCAGGACAUUGAGGUUUGCCCUGAAUGGUUAAGUCUACAUUUUCCUGCAAGACAAUCAGUGAAAUUCAGAGAUCUUCAGAGCCCUGGAUUCAGCUCUCCGUGUGGAGAGGUCGACGUUGUGGGAUACGUAAUCUCCAUCUUGGACAGACAAGGUACGUCUCCUGUGUUGUAUUUUGUGGAUGAAAAGUUUGACUUUGUCUCUGUGAGGAUCUGCAGCAGCCUGGCUGUUCUCGUUCUGGAGGACCUGGUAAAGCCAUUAGCUCUACUGGCUGUAAGCAACCUGCAACUCCGACAGCAGUCUGGCCCAGUCCCCAGCCUUUAUGCUGGAGAACAAGCACUAUUCUCUACAAACCCUAAAGAACCCCACUUACAGGAAGAUAUUUCUCAUCUGAAGACAUUUGUUGAGGAUUAUGAGCAUUUCUUCACAGUUGCUGAAGAGAAGCUCUCAAACCUGAUUCCAACAGGUUUCUUGAACUCUUGUGAGUCCCCAAGAACUCCAGGUUUACCAUCUGUGCCAAAACCAAAUGUCAGAAAUAAUGUAACUCCACAUCAGACAAGCCGAGUUUUCUCCCCUUUCACCCCAGUGACCAAAAGACCCCCUAUACCCACUGGAAACUCGGACAGUAAGGACCCAAAGAGUGUGAAAAGGAAGCGUGGUAUGGAGUACCUGUCACGACUCCAAAACCCAGCACCCCUCGUUUCUCUGGGAAUGGUCCGUUCUCCCAGAGUCAGCAAGACAUUUAACCCUCCCAGGAGGUGUGAGACUCCUCGUAAUCCCCAGACAGUUCCAACUCCACCACCAGAGAACAAGUAGUGAGUGAACGAUGAAGAGCUGGCCAUGAUAAACACACAAACACUACUAAAGAGGUAGUUGAAGCAGUGUAGUGUGUAUCCUGUGGUAAGAUUCCCAGUCCAGCUUGUGGACCAAAGACCCAAAAAGGUAAAGGGAGAAAGGGAGGAGGACGCUGUUCCUGUGUUGUGACUGUUUGGUUUGUAUAAAGUCCAUAUAUUUCUACUAAGUACUUUGUACUGCUACUGAGAUGACUUGAAAAUUGCACAAGAGAUGCUCUCUGUAAUCUUAUUACUGUAUGUCAUUUUGCCAGUUUCUAAAAAAAAGAUGAAUAAAUGUUUAUUUAUUUUGUUUUAAGUAUGUGUGUCUUUAAAUCCCUGAGAAGCUUGAGAAGCAAGCUUUCUUUGGAGUUGAAUUUUAAUGUUUUGAUAUGUUCUGGAGUCAGCAAAUUUAAAAAGAAGAGACUUCACACUCCGAUUCACAUUUAUUGUGAAUUGGUGCUACUAUCAUGAAUGAAACACUAGGGGGCAGCAAAACCUAUGCAUUCGUCUCUGGACCUCACAUGGUAGGUAGUUCAAUUAAUAACAAAUUGUCUUGACAAAGCAUUUACAUGUUCAGACUCUAGUAAACAGAAUGCUGUACUAUGUUUAGAGUAAAAAUUAAAUGAAUAUAGAUUCACUUCUGUGUGGAUA